AAAAAAUCAAAAAUUAAAAGAUAGAUAGGUAAAAGAAUUAAUAAAUCUUAAAGAUCAGUUUAAAGAAAGCAAGGAAUGAAAAACAACAGCUAUAAUUACUCAAAUAGCAAUAGCAAUUUGAAUGGCAAUAAUCAUAAUAAUUUUUUGUUUGAAACUAAUUAUCAAAUACCUUAGCAAAAUAAUUCUAUAAUAAGCGCAACUAACGAGCAUUCUAGGAACUACUCAGAAUCCUAAGCAAUCCUCGAAGGUGCUAAAACUUAAGGAAAUUUUUUUUCUUCACGUAGUAAUAAUCACACUCCAUCAAGUUCAAAUCUUUAGCUUGAAAAAUUAAAAAAGGAAUUAGCAAAAGUUAAAAAGCAUAAUUCUAAGAGCCGCUCAAAAAGCAGAAAUGGUGGAAACUAAUCUCUUAAGCAUGUUUCAGCUAAUCUUAAAAACGAAAUAAUAUCAAGAUAUAGAGCUAAACCUGAGCAACCUUAUAAUCAUUCAGAGAAGUAAAACUAGUAGUAGUAUUAAAAUAUAAAUAAUUAGUAAAAAGGGCUUUCACGCUCAUCUUCAAAUAUAAUUCUUCAACAAGCACUCUAAAAUAAUGAAAAAUGCGUUAAUACUAAGGUAUUCGCUAGAUUCAGACCUUUAAAUAAAAUUGAAAUCGAACUGACAAAAAAUGAAAUAGGAAACGAUUGCUGUCUUUACCCUGAUGAAAAAACUGUUGUUUUAAUGCCAGAUUCAACAGUCUUUACGAUGGAUUAUGUCUUUGACCCAAACACAUCUUAGCAUAAAAUUUAUGAAGCAGUAGGAAGAGAAACAAUCACAGAUGUAAUGAAUGGAUACAAUGGUACCAUCUUUGCAUAUGGUUAAACAGGUUCAGGAAAAACAUAUAGUAUGUUCGGUGAUAUUUACAAUAAAAACCUAAAAGGUUUAAUACCACGAUCCAUCGAACAUAUUUUUCAAACCAUCAACCAAUGUGAUAUGGAUAUUGAGUUUAUUCUAACUUGCUCUAUGCUCGAAAUUUACAAAGAAAAUCUUCAUGAUUUACUUUGCAUUUAAAAAUGUGAUUUAAAAAUAAAGGAAUCUCCCACAAGAGGUAUUUACGUAGAAGGCCUCACUUAAUUAAGUGUUGGAACAGAAAAUGAAUUGCUCACUAUGCUAGAAUUAGGUGAAUAGGCUAGAAAAGUAGCAGCUACUAGAAUUAAUCAAUAUAGUUCUCGUUCACACACAAUUUUUAUGUUAGAAAUAAAGUAAAGAUACCCAAAUGAUACUGAAAAAAAGGGAAAAUUGAACUUAGUUGAUUUAGCAGGUAGUGAAAAAGUAGGUAAAACCGGAGCAAUAGGUGAUAUUUUAGAAGAAGCAAAAAAAAUUAAUUUAAGUUUAAGUUGUCUCGGUAAUGUUAUUCAUUCUCUUACAACUAAUUCUGAGCAUAUUCCCUACAGAGACUCAAAAUUAACUAGAAUACUCUAAGAAAGUCUUGGUGGUAAUUUUAAAACUUCUCUUCUUGUAACAUGUUCUAGCCAUUCAAGCUCUUUAGAAGAAACCUUAUCUACUUUGAAAUUUGCUACCAGAGCCAAAUCAAUAAAAAAUCAUUUUAAAAUGAAUAUCAAAAACUCUCCUGAAGCACUUCAAAGAAUAAUCCAAUAACUCAAAAAAGAUUUAAUGGAAGCAAAACAUGAAUUAGACAGAGUAAAAAAAUUUUAAGAAGUGACCAUUCCAAAUGAAGAAACUAUUAAUAAGCUUCCUUCUUAAUACGACACAGCAACAUACAUGAAUAUGAACAAAUCUGUAUUUAAAAAGGGCGAGUCUUAGUAUAACUCUACACAAGAUAACUCCUCUUCAACAACUAUUUCUAACAACGCUUAUAAAAAAUAUGGAGGUGAGAACAUUUCAGAAGAAGAAUACUCUAAUCUUGAUCAUGUUCAAAAAAAUAUUAUUCUUUAAGAAAGAGUAGAUAACCAGAGCUCAGAAAUUUAAGAUUUAAAACAACUUCUGUAGGAAUAUGAGAAUACAAUUCAAAGGUAGGAAACUUAAAUAGCAAAGUUGAAAAAAGAAAAUUUGUAACUGCAAGAUAAAUUGUCAUAAGCUCAACAAGAUAAAUAGACAUUACAUUCUAAAAUUUAAACUUCAAACAUGACAUCUGAGUAAGAACUUAAUCAAAGAGCUAAAUAGAUUGCUCAAUUAUAAUAAUCGUUAAAGAACUAUGAAUAAAUUGCAUAGGAUUAUUUAAAGCUCAAGUCUCAAUAGGCUGAAUAAAAUUUUGCAACUGUGCUAGAAUUAGCUAAAUACAAUAUGAAUAAUCUUGAGCAGUAGUAAUAAGAGAUUUUAGAAAAGAAGCAGGAAAGUUAACUAAAAGUGAAAUCUAACAUUCAGCAAGUAUUGAAAGAUGUAAAAUAAUGUGUCUUCAAUCAGAAGAUUUCAAAGUGUAGAUUCUAAGAGCUCAUUAAAAAUAUCGAAUAAUAACUUAUUAAUUAGAAUAAUUCUUAAAUUUCCUAAGACACACAAUAAGACAGUUCUACUAAUUUGAAUUUGCUUUACCUAGAAAUUAUGAGAUUUGAUACAUUACAUUCCAGCUUAGAAUGCAAUAUUAGAUCUUUAGAAAUAUAAGAAUCACUUAAUUAUCAAAAGAAUAAAAUAAUUAAGAGCAAGUAUCUACAUGAAAUAGACACUUCUAAUAAUCUAUAAGGUAUUUUAGAGAAGGCAAAAAAAACUCACGAAAUUCUUAGAUAAAGAAUAGAUAACUUGGAAGAAGAAUCUAUUAAAUAUUAAGAAAAAAUAGGAAUAGAUUAAAGCAGCCCUGAUAAGAAAAAAAGUAAGAUAGUCUAAAGUGUGCAUAACAAUAACUAGAAAUAAAACAUUUCUAAACAGUCUUUGCUUACCAAGAAUUCUGCAACUUAAUUAUAUUAAGCAAUUUAGGAGCUUAUAAUAGAUGAGUUAUAAUUCUAAAAAUAAUAAUGUGGAAUCGUUGACGUUGAUGGUCUUUGUAAUUAAAUUUACUAAGAAGGACUUCAAACCUAGCUUAAAGAAAAAAUAUCAGAAAUAAUUGCUGAAUAUAAUGAAAGUAAAGUUGAAAAUAACAUAUAAGGAGAGAAUCUCAAUAUUAGCUAACUUAUAUAUAUUAGUGAGAAUAAAAGACUAUAAGACAAAAUAUUGGUUAUGAUUAACGAAUUAGAGCUUUCAAAUAAAAAAAUAGAGAUUAUUGAAGCAGAAUUAAAAAAGAAGAGUAGUGAAGUAGUUUAAAUUAAUGAAAUCCUCAAAAGCACACAAAAGUCUUUUGAGAAGCUACAAAAAGAAGAAUACAGCAAAUUAAGAUAGUAAAUAGAAGAAUCUCAUAAACCUAUUUAUUAAGAGAUUUUAGAUUUCUUUAAGAGAUAGAAUUCUUUUGCUGAUGCAUUUGAGUCAAAGUCUCUUACAUAUUAAAUUUAAAUGGCCUCUAUUAACAAUACCAACUCUAGCUAAAACCAAAGCUCAUAAAGCUCAUCUACAAACCUUUAAAUGUAAUAGUAGUAAUAGCAGUAACCCUAAUAAUAAUAGUAAAUUUUAUAGUAAUAAGGAUAAAAACAGCUUUUAUCAAAUCAAAAUUCAAACUAAAAUAAAUAAAAUUAAAAAUCUUAAAGUUUAUCAUCAUAGCCUUAUUAACAGUAGUCAAUAAUAAAUAAUAACUGGAAUACGGUUUAUAACAAUUAAAAUUCAAAACCUAAUUAAUAGAACAGUAAUAAUUUAAGUAAUGCAAAUAACCCUGCUACAAACAACUCACUUUAUACAAAUGGAAUAAAGUAAAGCAACAAUACAACUCAGUUUGGUAAUCUAAGUCUAUAAAGUACAUAAAAAAAUCCAUCAAUAAAUCUUGGAUUUAGAUAUGAUUACUCUUUCUUAUCUGAUGCUCAAAAAUAAUCCAAUAAAAAUGAGAACAAUAAAAAUUAAUAAUAAUAUUCAACUAAAUAUUGA